UAUGAAAAUAAAUUGAAUUUCUCUGAUAAUAGGAAAUCUAAAGAAUAAUUGAAUCUCUCGAUAGAUCCAGCGAAUACCAGACUGAUGCAGCAAUUCGAGGGGGGUAUUAAGUGAACCUAAACCCCGGGAGCCCUUGCCCAGAAAGAUCCAGUGAAGGUCGGUCCGUGCAGAAAUGAGUUUUUCAUCAUCUCGAAAGCUCCAGGGGUAAAAUCGUGAUAGAUAGCGACGCAUAUGAAUAGAUAGAGCAAUAAAGUAUACCCGGAAAGGAGCCAGUCCACUUCAGAGAUGAGAAUGCAAAGAUAAAAGAGAUCGAUAAGAAAUGCGCCAGUAAAUGCAGUGCGUAGAGUCAUGUCGAGUUACUUUUGGAUCAGUCAUAGUUAGGGAAGCACGCAGUGAGCAUGCCAUGUUAGGACGGAAGCGCGUGUGAUUGUCUGGGGCCGCGACGAAAAGGCAUUCUCUGAAGCUGGGACGAGAAAGCAUUGUUUAGUCGCAUCCUUUGCAAAAAGCCCGCGCUAGUUCAGAGAUUGCCGAGAUGGAGUCAGGUACGAAUAGUCUGUGGGCUCGGGGGGCUCUGGAUAUCGCGAAUGUCGUGGGUAUCGGACUUCAGCCACGUGCCUUGCCGCUGCAAGACUAGCGGACCGAAUAGCUUCCCCCACUUGCCUUGCCUGGUCUCGUCCAAAGUCAUCAAUGCUCGGGCUAGAGGGUGAUGAGGUCGCCGCUUCGGGAUUGUUCAACGGCUGGUUGGCGCGAAUAGCCGCCACCAUCCAGCUGUAGCCGCCGCGGUCGUUGGUAUCUUUCAACCACUGUUCGUAGUCCUCAUCGACAGGCACGUUAGCACCUUGGGCUCGUGCAGCCGUUGCUGCUAACAGACGGUCAUUAAGGGCCAGGCCACAGCUCUCCACUUCCUCAUCGGUGUCCUCAUCGUCAUCGAACGAGGUGGGAAAGUCGGCAAGAGCACUGGAGCUGCGUGAGUUACUCGCGCGCACAGUGUCGUCACUCCCCGUUUCGAGUGUAUCAUAGUAGUCGUCCUCUGCCUGUUCCUCUGUCAAGGUGUAGAAGUCCGGGUGGAUCGUCACCACGGGCAGAGGUGGAGGUGUCUCACUACGGGUACUCUCGCCAGUCGUGUCCCGCACUGUGAUGCCUUCCUCCAACUCAUACCGCUGGCGCGCAGACUUGGUACCCUCCCAGCAGCACAACUCCGAGAUUUCCUCUGCAGUCAGCUUGAGCUCGUCGAAUGCGCGGAACAGGCGGCGGUGCCACGGGAAGCGGCUUAGUCUGAGGCGGUGAGGUUGAUGAGCAUAGUCCAAUCCAGGAUAUUGGGCUUCAAUGCAGUCGAGAGGACCAUAGAAAGCAUUUGUUUCGAUUCGCACCUCCGGUACUAGGUUGCGAGUAAUGUGAGCGGGAAAGGACCCCGGGUCAGUAGAGCGCUGCCGCGGGAAGAGCGUCCCGUACACGGUUUCGGCAAGCAGUGGCUUCCGCAUGGUGAAGGCAAAGAAAGUAGCAGAGAGUCAGAGGAUAGAACUAGGUGAAGAAGAAAGAGAAAUUGGAAAGUCUGCUGGGCAGUGCGCAGCCGCGAUUGUGAAACGAAACCACUCAGGCACUCAGGCGAGCCGCCCCCUCCUCUUGUUGUUCAAUUGGGAUCUCCUCAGAGAUCCUGACAGCUCCCAAAAGUGGGGCGGUCUAGACACCGGUGGGGGGAGAACAAGUCAUAGAGAGGAGUUCACGAAGAGGACAGGGAGAAGAAGGCGUGGAAAUAACGAAAGUCAAGAAGGGGGGUUCACACGCAUUAAGAAGAUGAAGAAAGGAAGGGAGCAGGGGCAAAAGGAGUGAAAGCGAAGGAAUGAAGGACAGGAGGCGGAGCGGAGGUAAGAAAGAGAGAAGGGCGACUCGGUAGAAGUCACGAGAGAACCACCAUUUCGACGACUAAUCAUCCUGCCAUCCUUGAAUUGCACCUCGUUUGUCCUUACAACCUUCCACGAACGAGUCAUCGACGACUAAGCGACCGGCCACACCACUCAACUCCCACGUUGACAUGGCUUUUCUUUCGUUGUCCCUCCUGCACGACCACUGCAGCGCCAGCUGGACUCGGCAGAUUCGCAUCACAGCCACUGCACUCUUUUGCAAGGACAACACAUCCCGACACCCGCUGGGCGCUAGCCUCCGAGGCUAGUUCCAGCCGGGGCCCAUCAUGUCGACCUUUAACGGGGUCCUUGCAGAGUUCCCAGACAUCCAAAUCGACUACUUCCGGAAGAGCGAUGAUCGACCUCCACCUCUGGCUUGCUUCCUCACCCAUGUGCACACCGAUCAUCUUCAAGGCCUCGAGUCCUUCCGGGCGCCUUUCAUCUACUGUUCUCCAACCACGCGCGAGCUACUAUUGCGGCUUGAGCGGUUCCCCCAUCGCAUUAAUCAUGCGCAGGGAAUUCUUGAAGCACGCGAGAUUACCUACAAACAUCUCAACAAGUUGCUGCGGCCUAUUCCGUUGAACACGCCGACGGAGAUUGAGCUCACGCCAAUCAAAAAUAUCCGCGUGACGCUUAUCGAUGCCAACCAUUGCCCCGGAAGUGUCAUGUUCCUGAUCGAGGGCGAUGGCAAGACAAUCCUCUACACGGGCGACAUCCGAGCGGAGAAAUGGUGGGUCGAUAGCCUGAUCCGCAAUCCGUUUCUGAUUCCAUACACUCUGACCAGCAAACGGCUCGAUAACUUGUAUCUGGACACCACCUACCUACGUCGCUCGGGCAUACCCCCGGAGAAGUUCAGCUCCAAGGCCGAGGGAAUUGCAGAGGUCUUGGAAAGGGUACAGCGCUAUCCUCCGGAAACCAAUUUCCACGUCGGAGCCUGGACGUUCGGCUAUGAAGAGGUCUGGCUAGCCCUUGCUUCCGCGCUGAGAACAAAGGUCCAUCUUGAUGCUUAUCAAUUGGGGCUCUAUCAGUCUCUUGGGCGGGCUAACAGAGGCAUCGACGAGUCUGCGGCCUACAAUGGCUUCCAACUGGGCAACGAUAUCAUUCCAGGCUGCUUGACUAGCGACAUGUGCAAUGCUCGUAUUCAUCUAUGCAUGCCUCCAUGCCCUAUCGCCAGUGAAAGCGAAACCGUCUAUAUCAAGCCAUUCUUGGGCCGCGAGGAGAACGGUUUCGAAGUGCCCGAUAUGGGCGAGGGUGGCGGCUCGGGCGAUGUCUACAUGCGACAAGAACUUGUCUUUCCGCCAGACCUACGGUUCUCCGACCUAAUGAACCGUUGCAAUUACCGUAUGCUGCUCUUUGACGACGAGGAGAAGGCCGCUGUCAGAUCGAGGUUGUUCGAAGACCUCUGCGCCCAUGACGGUAGACUCUCGAUCAGCAAGUAUGGUAUCUCCUUUGAAAAUAAUGUCCCCCUGGAUGCCUUUCUAGGUAUCUUUGCUCUCCAAGUCCUCGCACACCAUAAGGGCAUGUCCAACGAUGACGCAAACAUUGUCUUAGGCCACUCUCGGCGCAGAGUUAUCCGCUUUCCCUACGCACGGCACUCUUCGUAUUCUGAGCUGUGCCAUCUGAUUAGUGUCUUCAGGCCCAAGGACAUUCAUGCCUGCGUGGUAGACGACCGCGACGUUUUGGGAGGGAAAGCUCUUGUCGACGAAUUCUUUGGCCACUUGCUGACCGGUCAUCCCGAUCAGUCUCUCUGCCUCGAGCGGCGUAAGGAACAAGUCGAGGAGGCAGAGACAGCUUGGGCGGCCGUAUCGGCAGUUCGGCAGCAUCGUCAGGAUAAUGAAUUCCCAGAGCCCGAUCCAAUUGUCGAUCCCCCUGAGGGCCCGCGCUCGUACUCUGAAUUGCGUGAUAUGGGUUAUGAAGGGAUCCGGGCGAUCAGACAAAACUUCGUUCUUCUCGCAAACGUCGAGCACGACUUUUCGUCGCUCCCCAUUGCGGAAGAGCCGGGCUUAACUCACAAACUGCUUCAGCUCAUUGAUCCGCCCACUCCUGGUAUGGUCAAAGAAAAGCGCGACGAGAUCGAACGCGCCCGAGAAUAUCUCGAGAAACAGUCGGACCCAAUGGAGAUGGAAGUCGGACCGCUUCCUCCCACUAUGGUCAGAGGCCUAGACGGUGCGGACGACCCAGGCCCGGACCCAAAGACGGAGAAGAAAAAGACGGAGACAAAGGCAAAGGAGAGUCCUACAGGCAAGAAGUCCCAAAGUAAAUGGCCUGCGAUGGUUCCUAUGAGACGCCCCACUACUGGACCUGCGCAAGCCCACGGAGCACAGGCUCACGGAGCCUCGUCCUCGAAUGUCCAGUCCCCCACCGAAGCGAAUAUGGCUGCCCGAGACAGUCAACCCUCGAUUCCGGAGUCCGUCUUGGCCGCCUCUCUGUCAUCGUCGAGAUACGGUAACCCGAGGUCUGGUAACUUGACUCGCGAGCGACUAGAAGUGCUUAACUUUCUCCAGCGGAGCGAGAUGUCCGUUACACAGCACCGAAACGCUCGAAUCGAGGCAUAUCUUGCCGCCGCCGAGGACAGCUACUCGGCCUGGGCCGGUAGAAUCACCUCGGCUGGCGACAAUCAUGGUGAAGAAGAGAUGGAGCUGUAAUUGAUGUGAUCUAAGCGGGUUGUCUGAGGGAAGGGCCUGAUCUUCAUAUGCGGACCGAUGAUGACGGACAAGCUGAUCAAAUUAGCUAAUGUACCCCUGUCAUCUCGUCGGUUACAUAUUCAAAGAUCUACUAACACUGUGAUGGAUGAUCGACCGGCUUGACGGUUGUAGCGAAGGGGUGUGAUGCUUUACAUCCCGGGUUUCCUGUCGCUUGCCGAAUGUCCAUGGAGUGUUUAGGCCUGCCCGGAACGACCUGCUGAGGGAAUUCAAGUCACGCGUUGAAAGCCAUCAUCGUUUUGUAUUUGCUUUUAAUGGCUAAUGAGUUUUUGAAGUUCUGCCUGGGGUUUCCCAGUGCAUCAACGGAAGCGAAUGUCAAUAGGACGCACCAGUCUAGCUUAGCACCACAUGUCCUGCGAGCAUAGGUUUUCCUUCAAAUUGUAUGCGUG